GAUUGUAGAAAUUUGGCCAAACAAUCCAAAACUAUGGCCCCGUCACCGGUCUCUGGCUCGUUCCCCCAUGGGAUGGUUGAGAAAGACAUUUGUUGAGAAAUUAUAACGAAAUUGCUGAAGAAAUUUGAUAAAGUUUGUCGGAUAGUAUCUAUUGAGUAUCUCACUCGUGACUUAUCACUUUCUUCUUUACAAGCAAAAGGUUCCCUGUUAGACUUUGCCAACCAAAACAAGAAACAAAUUCCUGAAUUUUCAUUCUACCUUCCAUUUGUUCCUCAUUCCACCAUCAGAAAGCACAUCAACUUCAUCAAAACAAAGGAAGCAAUGGUCGGUUUUAAUGAAGAGAUUGAAAUGCUUGUAGAGCAACUUGUGACAGGACAACGGCAAUUAGAUGUGAUCUCAAUUUUUGGAAUGCCAGGACUAGGAAAAACAACUUUGGCUAAGAAGUUGUACGAUCAUGAAGCUAUUUCAAAUCGCUUCGAUAUUCGCUUGUGGUGUUGCUCUUCCCAAUCUUAUGAUAAGAGAGCUCUCUUGUUUGAAUUAUUGGGUCAUAUUUGUGAGCUUGAUGAUAUUACCAAAGUAAAAAGUGAUGAUGAGCUAGCUGAGAAGCUAUACAGAUAUCUGAAGGGAAAGAGGUACCUUAUUGUUGUGGAUGAUGUGUGGAGUUCUAAUGCAUGGGACGAUAUAAAGAGACCAUUUCCAGAUGAUAAUAAAGGAAGUAGAAUUAUUUUGACUACUAGACUUGAAUCAAUCGCCACAUAUGCCAUGAUCGAUUCGAGUCCUCAUCACCUUCGCUUGUUCACGGAAGAAGAAAGUUGGAUGCUAAUGAAGGAGAAGGUAUUCAAAGAAGACAAUUACUGUCCUCAAGAACUCGAGGAUAUAGGUAAGCAAAUAGCGAUAAAGUGUGGAGGAUUACCCCUUGCAAUUGUAUUGGUAGCUGGUCUUCUUGCAAAAAAUGAUAAGGAAGUAGUUCACUGGCAAAAAGUAGGGGAAAGUUUGAAGUCAAAAAUGCAAGGUUGUAUGGAUAUAGUUGAAUCGAGUUACCAGCACUUACCCGUUCAUUUGCAAAAUUGUUUUCUCUACUUUGCUUCAUUUCUAGAGGGUAAAAAAGUUCCCGUUCAAAAGCUGAUACGGCUAUGGAUUGCUGAAAACUUUGUUGAAGCCAGUACUAUAUCGAAGAGCUUAGAGAUGGUUGCAAUGGAUUACUUGAUGGAUUUACUUAGGAGCAACCUAGUGAUGGUGGCUAAAAUAAAUUCUUCAGGGGAGCUUAAAGCCGUACAUAUUCAUGAUCUAAUACACGAAUUUAGCUUGAUGAAAGCUCGAAUUGGAAACUUUUUGCUGAGGAUAAAUGAUCAGCUUAUUUAUAUAUUUCCAUCUUCUAAAGGUCGUUCUGGACGUCUGAAUAUCUUGGCAACUUCUGGACGAAAUAUCAACACCUUACGAUUCCUUCCAAGUAUAAAUUAUCCUUUGGUUGAUUUAGAUUUGGCUAAAUCCUGGAAAUGCCUGAGAGUAUUGGAUUUGAGUUUCGUAAAGCUGCAUAAGACUCAUGUAAAUGCAUUACAAUUUCUGAUUCAUUUGAAGUACUUAGAGCUGCGGCUGUAUUCUGAUUACAUUCCAUAUACAAUAUGCAACCUGAAGGAGCUAGAGACAUUUAUAGUGACCAGAAUCUAUCGUAAUGCCUGCUUUCCAAAUUCUGUUUGGGAUAUGACAAGCUUGAGACAUUUGCAUGUAAGUUGUCUAUAUACCUCUCAACUAUUUGAGGAUCUUAACAACUUAAGAACAUGUUCCGAUCUAGUUAUUGAUCCUGGAGUGUGCAACCAGAAUUUUAUGAAAAGAUUACCCAAUCUUGAAAAGCUCAGUUGCCAAUUAUAUGGUUCAAGAACCCCUUCUAACAAUUUCUUUCCUAGUUUUGACUCUCUCAGUCAAUUGAAAUCUCUCAAGAUUGGUGUCUUUGGGGAAUUGGUAGAUCCCUAUGGUUUUGAAGACUUUUCAUAUCCGUCAAACCUCAAGAAAUUAACUUUAGCACGUCUUGAACUCCCCUGGAGUAGAAUCUUAACCAUCAGCAGAUUAUCCAGCCUUAAAGUUCUGAAACUAGAAAGAAAUGCCUUCAAAGGGAGACAAUGGGAUAUUAAGGAUGGGGAGUUUCCUAACCUUAAAAUUUUGAAAUUGAAGAAACUAGGACUCUCAGAAUGGACUGCCUCUGAUGACUCGUUUCCCAACCUAGAGAAAGUACUAGUGCAAUGGUGUUGGAACCUAGAGGAAAUCCCCGACAGUUUUGGAAGCAAGUGUACAAUGCAACUGAUUGAGGUAAGAUCAUGUCGCUACUCUGUUGUAAAUGCUGCCCUCAUAUCGUUUAAAUCGAUCGUUACGUAACGACGAAAAGUGCCACUGUAUGGAACGGCCGAUUUGGUGUGGUCGCAUCGUUUCCUUAUUUUUUCCAUCAUCCUGCCUUUUUAAUUAUUAAAUAAUCCUAUCUUAUCCUUUA